AUGAAGGCCGUAGCAGCAGUUAUUCUCACCUCUUUGGUGUCCGCUGCUUUGGCUUCCUCCCACGCCCCUACCGCCCCUCACCGUCGACACCACAACCAUGGUCCCGUCACCCACGAGCAGGCAAUCGCUAAGCGCGCUACCUACUCUGGUAUGGCCACUUGGUACGACGUUGGCACUGGCAACGCCGGUGCUUGCGGUCAAUAUCUCAACCCCAACGACCAUGUCGUCGCCUUGAACCAGCCCAUGUACGGUAGCCUCAACCAGAAAUCGUCGUGGUGCGGUAAGACUAUCGUCAUCUCUAACGGUGUCAAGACCGCCACCGCUCGCGUCGAAGACGCUUGCCCUACUGGUGGAGGAAACUGCUUCUACGGCUCUCUCGACAUGAGUGUCGGCCUCUUCACCGAAUUCACAGGUCUCGGCACUGGUGUCUUCCCCAUCACUUGGUGGCCUGCUGGUGAAGGUGGAGACUCGGGUAGCGACAACAACAACAACAACAACAACAACAACAACAACAGCAACAACAACAACAACGAUGACAAUGACGAUUCUGAUGCACAGGCUGCUGCUGCCGCUGCCAAGAAGAAGGCCAAACAACAAGCCCAACAAGCUGCAGCUGAGGCCUCUUCCUCCGCCGCCGCCGCCUCGUCGUCUGCUGCUGCUUCCAGUUCCGCCGCUGCUUCUCGCGCCUCGGUCUAUUCCGUCACCAAGGCUGCAGCCCGUGCCAGCGCUUCCGCGUCCAGAGCCGCUGCCAAGUCGCGUGCCAAGGCAAGCAAGUCCAAGGCUGCUGCCUCUUCUUCUGCUGCUGCGUCCGCUUCUGCUGCCGCUGCCGCCUCUGCCGCCGCCGCUACACCAACUGGCAAUCUCAACAACUUUGCCAAUCUGUACGACGGUCUCUCCAAGAUCAUCCAGCAGCAGGCCGACUCCUAA